AGUGACGACGACGACGUGCUAACGCGUUAGCAGCUGGGCUAGCCCCCGUUAGCCGUGGAGGGGAACCAAACAUACAUGAUAAAGAAGCACCUGGCGGGGAAACUUUGCGUUUUAUCUUUAAUUUAGCCACCCGGGUCAGUUAACUAUGCCGAGUAAAAAGAAGAAAUACAACGCCAGGUUCCCUCCGGCAAGGAUUAAGAAGAUUAUGCAGACUGAUGAAGAAAUAGGAAAAGUGGCUGCUCCAGUACCUGUUAUUAUUUCUCGAGCCCUGGAGUUGUUUUUGGAGUCGUUGCUAACGAAGGCCUGCCAAGUCACCCAGUCUAGGAACGCGAAGACGAUGACGACGUCACAUCUAAAGCAGUGCAUCGAGCUGGAGCAGCAGUUUGACUUCCUGAAGGACCUGGUGGCCUCCGUGCCCGACAUGCAGGGCGACGGCGACGAGAACCACACGGAGGUGGGCAAAGAGAAAGUCGCCCGCAGGGGGCGAAAACCCGGGACGGGCCGCAAGAACGGAGGAGCCAGCACCAAAGGCAAAGACAAGAAGCUGUCUGGAACCGAGUCAGAGAUCGAGGGCGACUCUGAAGACAGCGUGACAGACGGGGACGAGGAGGACCACUCCCAGUCCAGCACAAACCUGCAGGCUGCAUCCAGGUUCCACAGUUCCAGCGCGCCCCCCCAGUUCCUCCCCAUGGGGAACAUGGUUCCAGCACAGCCCCUGGCCGCCGCCGCUGCCGCCGCCGCCUUCGCCCCGCACCCCUCCAUGAUGAGCGCCCCGGCGCCGCCGCCGCCCCCGGCGCUGCACAAACACGACGACGACGAAGACUAUGACUCUUAGCUGCCCCCCCCUCUCCCUCCCCUCCCUCCCCCUUCUGCUCCUCCUCCCCCCCUCACACACACACACACACACACACACACACACACACACACACACACACCUCACCCUCCACCCGCGGAGGGGGAGAGACUGUCGACCAGGAAAGCCCCCCACCUGUUGUACAUUCUGUGUUUUAAUUUUCAUUUUUUUUAAACAUCAGCUACAGAAAAAAAAAAAAAAAAAAAAAACGAAAAAGAAAGAGAAAAAAGUUUUUAUUUAAUUGUAGGAAACAACGCGGAUGUUUUUUUUUCUUUUAACCGUCGGGACAGGUCGGCUUCUGGUCGCCUCUUAGCUGUUUCUUCUUUGGAUUUACGCCCUCCCCCCUCCCUGAACCCCCCCCCCCCCCCCCCCCCCCCCCCCCCCCCCGGUGGGCAUUUAGAGGUAAACAUAUCAGUGGCCGCUCAGACUCUCAGGUUCUUGGGCCUUUCUUUCUCUUUCUCUGGCUGAGUCAGUAUUUGAACGGAGGUCAGUCCCACCGCGCCUCCGGCUGCAGCAACACCAAGGAAGCAGGUUGCUUUUCUUUUAAAAAAAAAAAAAAUAUUCUCAGCUCUUCAUUGGCCUGCUUUUUUUUUUUUCAGUUUCUAUUUUUAAGUCCUGUUUUUAUCUGGAGCUGCGUCAACAGGUCACCAACCUCCCGGUGUUUUUUGUCGUCUCGCAGGUUCGGAGCUUGACCCCCCCCCCCCCGCCCCCCCCCCCCCCCCCCCCCCCCCCCCCCCCCCCCUCGCCCUCCACCCCCACCCCCCACCCCCACCCAGUCGCCCAAACACACGGUUUACUGUGACUCUCGGACCACCGCUUUCCUUUUUAAAAGUCGUCUCUAUCUCCACUUCUUCCUCUCUGCCCUUCCUCCUCCUCCUCCUCCUCCUCUUCCUCUUUUUAAAUCCUUUAAAACGUGUUUAAACGAGAUGAAGCUCCCAGGAUGGUUGUGAACAGACAGUUGACACUGUAUUGUAAACUUUUAACAUUCUUUUUAUUUUGUAUGGGUGAAAUAAAAGUUCAUAUUUCAAUUUAAA